CUGGCGGUGGAGCUCGGCUCAGAGAGGAGCGGGGCUGAAGUGAGAGGAGCUCCGGGUCUCUCGUGCGGGUGUCCUGAAAUGCGUGCGGCUUCCGCGGAGAGAACAACGCGUCGUUCCGCCCCGCGUGUCCCCCUCCUCCACGAGCACCGCCGCUCCGCCGCACGUUACCCCCAUGUGAGCCGCCGGCAGAGCCCGGCACUUUCCCCCCCAGUCCAGCCCCCCGUGAACGCUGCGCUCUUUCCUGGCGAGGCCGACCUGACUAAUCAUCCGAGGUGUCAAGCUGGUACCUGUCCGAUGUCCUCUCCGCCCUCAGUGUGAUGCGCCAUGGCUCCGGUGGUGAGUGGAGUGUGGUGGGGGCCGGAGGCGGGGGUCGUCGGGUCGGGGAAGGCAGCUGCCGACGGCGCGGCGUCCUGGCUGGGGAGCGGGCAGCUGGUCCUGGUCGUCACCCUCGGCGUCCUCACCACUUUGCUGCUGGUCUCGGUGCUGCUGCUGCUGUGCGCCAGCUGCCAGGGGCAGAAGAAAGCAGCAAAUGGACAUCCGGCAGGAGACCAUGAGAACCUCAUGAAUGGAGUGUCAGAGAAGGAGACGAUCAGCCAAUCGGCAGACAGUCCGGUGACUGACUUGGCCGUCAGCAGCUCGCACAACGGUCCCCUCACCAGUGGUACAAUCCUCUCAGACACCCAGGACACCAGUCCCCAGCUGUCGGAGGAGAUGCUCUCCAGCCAAUCAGAGCUCAGGUCCUCCAAGUGUCCUCAGGACCGCGAGCUUCCCAGUAUCCCUCCCAACAACGCGCUCAUGGGGGACGGACCCCCGGCCUCGGGGGACAGCACUUAUGAGGUGGUGAAGGAGAUGGCGGCGGCGUCGCGCGACGUCAGCGUCGAGGACUCUCUGUACGAGACGGUCAAGGAGCUGAAAGACCCCCCGGCACACCUUGGCCUCCCCAACGGUACCGCCCAGCCCGGCCCCGACGACGAGCCCCCUCGCCACCCCGCCGCCGCGCUCCUCAACGGCCACCUCAGCCCCGGCACGCCCGAGCGGGGGCCGCUGUGCGCCGGCGUGGAGUACGCCUCCGUGGACCUGAAGAAGAAGAGCCGCCACAGCGUCAACAUGGAGGCCAAGCGGCGCUCCGACAACGCCGCCCUCCUUCCGAACAAGCCGGCGGAAGAAGCCGAGGAGGAUCUGCCUCCGCCGGUGCCGGAGAAGGUUCUGGACGAGAACGACAACCAGCCGGUGGCGAUGAAUGGGCUGGUGGAGGCCGGGCUGCACAACGGAGAGUUGCACUCCCCCCUGGCUUCUCCACCGGGCUUCAACAACCAGGUUCUGUCAAACAGUGAGUCGGAGGUGUACUCCACCGUAAACAAAACAAACUGUGACGACGGCGCCAGCGAGGAGGACAAAGAGCACGACUACAGCAGCAUCGCCGAGAUCAAGGGCCUGGUCCCGGCCUCCUCCUCCAGCGACCUCUACGCCACCGUCCGGGACAUCUACGCCCAGCCCGACGACCCCCGGGCGGGAGACGACCCCCCGCCCGACGGCACGGACCCCGGCUACGAAACCAUCCGCAUCCCAAAGACUGGCAGCCUGGACGACGUGCGCAGGGCGGCGCCCGGAGCCGAGGGCGCGGACUCGGCCAAGACGGAGCCGGACUACGAGAGCGUGGGGGAGCUGGGCCUGAGCCGGGAGACCUCGCGACUCUGAGUCCCUGUCGCUCCCCCAUCAUGCUCCAGCGCCAACGCUUUUCCGUACAGACACCGCUGCAGCUUUAAACUCGCUAUCAAGUGUACUUUGAGCACAUGGCUUAGGGGGACAGACAACGCCACAGCAUCCAUCAUCCACGCAUGAGCGUCCUCAUUACAGCCUGGGUACGGUUUAUCAUAUCUGAACUUGACUGUUUCUAAUUUAUCAACCAGGGUGAAUGUCUUUGGUACUGGUAGGCCUUAAAAACUCUUGAUUGUGGACGAACAUCAAAUAAUUAAAACAGGAAUAAAGAACUAAAUCCCAACAGACACGCAGCGUUUCAAGAGUAAGCUGGAGACAUUAUCAGUAUCGGUUAACAAAAAGAAGAUACGGGGAAUUCAGUCAGUGCCAUAUGCUCGUGAAAACGUCACUCGCUCUUGCUCCACAUGUGAAGGUAACAUCUUUCUUAUCCCCUCUUUCUCCCUCUGCAGCUGCUCGUCCUCUCAGCUUCCUCCAGGUGACUCAGUGUCAUGUUUUAUUGAGGUGUCAGAUGAUGUAUUUCCAGGCUGUUCCUUGUCAGGUUGGCAGCUCCUCCACUGUGCAUUCUUCCCUUUGAAAUCCCUGUGUGGGUGUGAAAAAAAGAAGGAGAGAAGGAAAAAAAAAAAAAAAAAAACUCAACCUGAUCUGCGGCCAAAUGGUUAGCAGAAACAAAGAUAGCGUUUGAUAGAUGCUGUCAGACGGAGCUGAUGGCUCCGUGGCUGCGCGUCCUUUGGCUACGGCGAUGCUCGGCACGCGGAUGAGCUGAAACGCGCCGCAGGAGGCGCGCAGCCGUCUUCACAACCAAAAUGGAGAACACAGGGUGUGAGGGAAGAGUUAUCACAGUCUAUGAAAGGAUCUCUAAGAAGUUUUUACCAUCCAUGUCAAUAUUUCUUUUUUUCCUUUUUCGUGGAAUUCAUAUUUAUUUGAAGACGCAUAUCGUUGUGUAAUUGUGAAAUGUUUCAGGACGUGUCUGUUAGAGAAGAGUAAAUAGGAUUUUAUAAACGUUUCUAGCAUUUUUAUUGAGAUACUAAAUGGAAGUGAGUUGUGAGGACAGUUUGGUACGCUUUUCUCAUUGUUUAAAAAAAAAAAAAAACGUAUGCAUACAGGUAGAAGCCAAUUCAGAACACCUUUAAUGUGACAACAAACCUGCAUUUGUUUUGUGUUUGGUUGUAUUUUUUAUGUUUCUGUUAAGUCUACUUUUGGUACAAAGAUCGUCAGUUGGCAUUGAAGCACAGUGUUUGAUAUUACGGUACUGCAUUUAAACACAGAGCAUCGUCACAAUCUAGCUAAAUGUCUGCACAAUUUCAGCACCUGAAGCUUUUAAGCAGAGAAAACCGUACUUAUACGUUUGUAGCCUGUACUGACGACAUGCCGACCGAGGCCUGUAUAUAGUUAGAGCACUAUUUUAACCAACUGUUACUUGCUGGAAAUUUUCUGUAAGCUUUUACUUAUUUGUACAAUGUCCAGAGUGGUAUAAUUAAAAACAAACAAGUGUGUUAGAGCCACUGAUGUGCUACGGGAAGCUGAAACCUCGUUGUCGAUAAGCUUUUUAUAUCUUAUUGUUGCUCAAAGCAUUUAAUCUAUAACAGGUAGUAAAA